AUGAGGAUUACAUCAUAUCCCCUGUUAUCAACAACGUCAUCAUCUAUUCUGUUAUACACUGCAUAUAUUACUGUUAUCUUUAGUUUUAUCACCUUAAUUGUUACAAAUCAACAGACUACAGCAUCGACAUGGAUUUGUUUAAGUCGUGAACAGUUGGUAGCAUUAUCAAAUUCCAAAAAUACCUAUAGAUUUGAAGGUGAAAUUAUACAAAUCGAUAAAGGCGUAAUAUUAAAUAAUAAUGAUGGUAAAAAUUAUGAUAAUUUAAAUGCUUUUGUUAAAAUCACAAAAAUUCUACGACAACCAGUUGGAAAUGUUCAACAAAUCCAUCUAAAUGAAUUAGUUCAUGUGAAUAAGAUUCAGUCAAGAGAUACACCAGUAAGCAAUGAUGGGAAUAGUAAUACUCAUAAUAAUAAUAAUGACAACAACAAAAAUGCGGAUGAGUGUUUGCCUAAUUUAGAAAGAGGAAAACGAUAUGAAUGGAUUACCUAUUCACUGGAGAAUAAUGAUGGGCGUAAUGAUGGGAGUCAGAAAGAAUUAACUCUACUACCUGGUGGGGUGUUCAAGUUACCUGUUACUCCAGUCUCAUUACCACCAGCCAGAUCAUCCUUACCAAUAAAAUCUAAUCAAAACAAUGAGUUUCGUAGUGAUGUAUGCCUAAAACGGGAGUGUCGAUUUGGAGCAGUCUGUGAAGAAUGGUUAUCGAAAGAAACAAACCAGUAUAUUGGUGUAUGCGUUUGUCCAACACUCAUAGAUAUGGCAAAAAAUCAUAUGUGCAAUAUGAACAGUGGUACAAUUUGUACAACAAAUGGUUUAUUUUACCUAAAUGAAUGCGUUAUGCUACAUCAAGCGUGUUUAAAACAAACUGAAUUGAAACCAAUGAAUUUGAAUAUAUUUAGUAGAAUACUAUCUCAAAGUGAUUGUAGUCAAUUAAUUGAAAAAACAUCAGUUACAAUCAACAGUCAUGUAUCACUGAGAACUACGCCUAAGCCUCAGUCGAAUCCCCCAAAAGCCGACAACAGUAAUAUUCAACUAACACCGUCUUCAAAUCUACCGAAGACGAAGACAGAUGAAAAACCACAACAAGACUCACCAUCACUUCAACAACCUUCUCAACUAGUCAAGGUGGACUAUAAUAACAAUGGUGGAAAUAAUAAUCAAUACGCCUGUCCGACUAGAACAUGUCCAAAUGACUUGAAUCCUGUUUGUGAUUCUGAUGGUGUAAUGUAUGCAAAUGACUGUCUUUUGAAAAAGUAUACAUGUCGAAAAUUCGGGAAUUUUAGACCGGCUGCAAGUUAUCCUUGUGAUUCAAAAUUUCAGCGAUCUACUCAAUCGAAGAUAGAAUUAUGCGGAAAUGCUAAUUUAUGCCUUUAUGGUGGGAUAUGCUAUGAUCCACACAGUUAUUAUGCAUCAUCUACGACAAGAAUUACACCGAAGAGAAUAAUGUCAAAGUUUUCCAAUUGUAUCUGUGAUAGUAUUAAUUGUUUAAAUGAAUGGCCUGAUCCAGUAUGCGCAGACGACGGUGAAACAUAUACUAAUCAGUGCUUUUUAAAGCGUGCAAUCUGCGAAACACAAAAAAUGAAGCGUAUAUUAUAUCGAGGAAAUUGUGCCUCCAACCCCUGCUUACAUCAUAAAUGUCGAUGGCAAGGUGAAAAAUGUCAAGUUGAUAUAAAUGGUGAAGCAAAGUGUACAUGUCCUGAACCCUGUCCACAGGUUGUCUCUCCAGUCUGUGGUAGUGAUGGAAUAACAUAUGACAGUACGUGUCAUUUGGAAAGAACAGCAUGUCAAAAAAUGCGAGAAAUACAUGUAUUAUAUUCAGGAGAAUGUAGUCAAGUAAAAGACUGCAUGCUACUCAAUCAACCGUGUCAAGGAUAUGAAAUAUGCUCACGGAUUAAAAAUCCAAUGGUUUAUGGUACAACAAAUCAAAGAUUAGAUGCAAGUGAAUAUGGUUUAACCAAAUCAUUUGAAGAUACAAUACCACAGUGUAUUUGUCCUUCAUGUCCAGAAAAUGGUCUUGGUGGACAAGUCUGUGGAUCAGAUGGGCAGACAUAUCGUAGUGAAUGUCAUUUAAGAUCAAGUGCAUGUCAACGGCAUUCAACAGAUCUAACGGUUAAAUCAAGAGGAAAAUGCGACGCAUGUCAAUCGAAAGAAUGCAAAUAUUAUGCUAUAUGUCAGUUAAGUGUAUUCGGCGAGCCACAGUGUGUCUGUCCAACAGACUGUCUCUAUAUUAGGAAACCUGUCUGUGGAACUGAUGGUAAAACUUACGAGAAUGAAUGUUUCCUAAAAGUUAAAUCUUGCGCUGAUCAAGUUGAAGUUCAUGUAGCACAAGAAGGUUAUUGUCGUCCUUGUGCUGGUGGAUGUCCAUUGGGUUUCCAGUGUCGUAAUGGUCAGUGUGUGUGUCGAGAUAAAUGUCCACCGAAACAUGCAAAUGAACUUGAUGUAUGCGGUACAGACGGGAAACUAUAUCCAAGUGAAUGUGAACUGAAACGUCAAUCGUGUAUUCAACAAACUAAUAUUGAUGUUGACUUGACUGGUGUAAAAUGUCGGCAUAAUAAUCCAUCUCUUCUACAAGAUUCUAAUGGGAAAAUGUCAGGAAAUAUACAAGCUGAUGGUGUUAGAUUACCGAGUUGUACGUGUAAUAAACUUGGUGCCUUGUCAGAAGAAUGUGACUACUUAGGCAAUUGUCGAUGUAAAUGGGGUGUUGGUGGCUUGAAGUGUGAUCAGUGUCUUGGGAACUACUGGGGCAUACAAAAUAAUCAUGAAUGCAUUCCCUGCUCAUGUCAUCCUCUUGGUUCAGUUGAUUCAUCGUGUAAUCAAGCUACAGGUCAGUGUAAUUGUCGUUCAGGUGUUGUAGGACGACAGUGUUCAAUGUGUCCAGAUGGCAGUCAAGUAACAGAAAGUGGUUGUAAUAUGAAAGAAGAAUACAAUGAAGUUCACUCUAGGAAUGGUGUAAAUCAGCGACCGAAUGAACAAAAAGAUUCAAUUAAACAAACUGUACUCAAUACAACUAUCACUUUAAGUCCUCCUUUAUCUGAAGUAAUAGUCGACAGGAACAAUUACGACAGUAACAAUGACAAUGAAGAUAAUCCUAUCAAUGGAAGAUUCUUUACACAAGCAACUACACUACUAGUGGACUUACCAUUUCAAAUUGAUCAACCGACUGAAAUCCAUCUGACGUUAACUUUGUAUGAUGCAAACGGUAUGCUGUUGCAUUAUCGUUCACCGCCGACUGAACAAGAAUUAAUGCUUUUACAGAAUGCACAAGAUCAUCUAUUCACUAUGGGAAUAUCAAAUUGGAGAGUUGUUGUAAAAUAUAUCGAUGGACGUGUUCCUAAUCGUAUAUUGCUUGUCUACAGUCAACAAAAUCUUACUCAACACGUUAGAUAUAACAUUCAAACAGGCAUUAAUUCUGGUCGACCAUGGAUACAAAUUGAUGGAUACCCCAAAACAACUAAUCAUGAUGUCAUCGAGAAAUGGGCUAGUCCGCAUUCAACCAGUAAUAAUAAUGUACCUGCAGCUGGUGGCUUAAAAACUCUUAUGAUUGGUCGACAAAUUAAACAAAAUGGUUACGGUAUUGCUGAUACUAAUGAACUCAUCGAAACGCAUGAAGAUUAUGGUUUCUCUGGCUGUUUAAGUAAACUGACACUUAAUACGGGAGGAUCAUUCAAAAAAUAUUUUAAUUUAAAUCUUAUAAAUGGUGCUCAAAAUAAUUUGGCAUGGUAUGGAACAACAACAAAUCAUAAAACAGCACCAUUAUGCUCACAAUCAAUUCACAAAGUAACAUUGAAUACAGCUGAUAAUAGUAAUAAUAAUAAUAAUAACAAUAAUCACAUGGACAAUACUCAACGUUUAUUACAAUCUGAUCAAAUACAAAGGCAAGAACAUAUAAUUCCUCCAAAACAUCAACAAAUAUCUAAUACACAUCAAUCUAAAAAUUGCAAAAAUUAUGGAACUGUUGUACUUGCUGCAGAUGGAAAAUAUGUUUGUGUUUGUCAACCUGGAUGGCAAGGUGAUUUAUGCGAACAGAUGGUGACUAUUAUACCUCAGUUCUCAGGGAAUGGAUUCAUUCGUCUAGCCGGCCCAACAGGGAAACAAGCAAUGAAACGGAAAAAGUUACACAUUGAGCUAAUUUUCUUGGCAGUCAAAUCUUCAGGCUUAUUGUUUGCCAUCCCGCCGAGAUCCCCAUAUCAAGGUCCAUUUAUAACGGCUCAUUUAGAUUCACAAAGCUACUUAACUGUAACAUGUCGAAUUGGUACGGGAGAAAUGUCAGGGAAUGAAAAUAUUAUUCAGCUGAAGUACAGUGAGCCAGUAAAACUGCAUCACUGGCAUACACUAAUCAUUGAUAAAUUGCCUAAAAUUCUCCGUGUUAAAAUGGAUAACAGUAAGAAGCAACGGGUACCACUGAUUCCUUCACAGUUUCUGCAUGCACAAAAUCGUCUCCCGAAAGAGCUAAGUAACUUCGAUUUGUCAUCAAGUCCAAUUUAUCUUGGUGGUUAUGACUUUCGUGAUCAAGCAACAUUCAGUUUUCUUCCUGUUAGACAAGGUUUAGAAGGAGCUAUUCAGAGGAUCAAUAUAAAUGGUGCUGAGGUUGUAUUAGCCGGACCAUCUCCUGCAGAUAUGACAAAUACACCCGAAGAGUUGAGUAGAUCAUCUCAUCUAAUUGAAAAAUGGGCAAAUACAUCACAAUGGCAAGGCUCACCAUGUGGUCCAGAAUAUUCACCUUGUCAGUUAGACCAACCAGAUAAUAUAUGCCGUCCAAAUAUACAACGUGCUACAUGUGCAUGUACAACACCCUUACAGUUGAUGCAUAUGAUGAAAGGGAGAUUAGAUGAACAAAUCGAUGAAGUUGAAAAACAAGCAUGUCUUCAACGUAAAAUGGAAAUGUCUAAUGCAAAUUCUGGAUUAUCAUUUAAAAAUGAUGGUCAACUACAAUAUGAUGGACCGAAUCGUGGAACUUUUAUUGGUGAAUCAAUCAAUGAAUUUAAUGAAGAACUGCCACCAUCAAAUUAUGAUGAAGUUGAAAAGAUUUUCAUCAAUUUCAGUGGUUCAACAGUUUAUAAGUAUAGUGGACUGAUAAGAUUCACGUCAGAUUUCAAUAUCCGUCUUCGCCUACGUACAGACAAAACGGAUGGCUUAAUUCUAUUGAUGGUUGAACAACCAACGCCUAAUGAUUUUGAAGACGAGACAUUAUCAUCAUCAUCAUCAUCAUCAGUCUUAUCGUUGAAUCAGCCAGUAGCACAGAUUACAACGAGAUCAGAAUUUGUUUCACUUGUAUUACGCAAUGGACGUAUUGAAUUGUUGCUCAAUUUAAUUUCAUCAAGAAAUAAUGAAAAAGUUAAAUCACGAAUUAAUAAUAAUAAUAACAUAUAUUGCUGA